AAAACGCAAAUCGAAAUGCCUAGAUUCAUUCUUCUCCCCAUUUUUGUCCUCACUGUUUUGAUUUCUAGAAAUGCAGUAGUUGCCGACAAUGCACCUUCCCCGUCUCCAAAGCCCACACCAAUGGUAACUCCGAUCACUUCUCCGGCGAAAUCUCCAACUACUUCUUCAUCCCCUCCACCCUCUAAGUCUCCUUCCCCAACGCCUGCGACUUCUCCUACCAAAUCAUCGCCGCCUGCCACGCCUCCACCAGUUCAAUCCCCGUCCGCAACCCCACCUGCUUCUUCGAGCCCACAGGCUGCAUCUCCGGCGUUGGCACCCGUGAGUUCUCCUCCUUCAUCGUCUCCAGCAAGUUCUCCGCCAUUAUCGACUCCAGCAAGUUCUCCUCCUUCAUUGUCCCCGGUCGGGCCUUCCCCUGUUUCUGCUGAUAUUCCUUCAAGUUCAACAACACCUGCCGAGAGUCCUGGGAGUUUCCCGUCGAGCAGUAGCCCUCCAAGUCCUACUCCGGUCAGUUUGUCCCCCGACAGUGCGGCGGGUCCUUCUGUUAAUGAUGAAUCAAGUUCAAGAUCCAGUUACCCAGUAGGAUUCGUUCUAAGUUUUAGUUUGGUUAUUGGGGCCGCCUUGGCUAUUUAGAUUUACUUACAUUUUUGGAUUUCAUUUUUUAUAACGCAGCAUUAAUCUUGGAUUUCAAACUCUAUGUAUAAAAAAAAUUAAGACUCCACUUCAUUUUCUUUUA